AAAAAACACUCACGCAGGUUUGUCAGGAUGUGGUUGUGGUGAAAACACCUCUUUAGUCCAUCUGAACAGUGUGAAAUGCACCAAAUACUCUGCAACAUCACCGGCGAGCAACAGUAACAGACAUGUUCUCUGGGGUAAAACAGUGGAUAUUGUUCCUGUCGAUGUGGCACAUUACAUCCAUCACUGUUACAGGUGAACAUCUGUGCAAAAGAGAACUUUUAAAAAGCAGUAACGUUUCUGCUGAGCUCCAGUCUGAUGUCCUGCUGCCGUGUAACUUCGAUCCGGUUCUCCUCGGAUCAAAUAAGACUGCAGAUGUAGCAGUAGUGUGGAAACAGAUAAACACAACAACACACGGUUUACUGGAGAUCAGCCAGCAUGGAGUAGAGAGGUUCUGGAAUAAUAGAAAUGGACGUGUUAAGCAUUUUCCUAAGCUCUCUGCAUCAGGAAACUUCUCCAUCUUACUUAAGAAAAUGCAGUCGUAUGAUCUGGGUCUCUACAGCUGUGAGCUUCAUCAUGGGACCAACUGCAGUAUUGGGUAUCAGGAGAUACAACUGGGUCAAAGCAAACAUCAAUGGUUGACCCAGAAAUGGCCCUUUAUAGCAGGAGGAGGAGCAGCAGUUGCUCUUAUCAUUCUUUUGGUUUUCACAUGUUUGGUAAAACGUGCUUAUUCCGGUGCAUCAAAUAACGUCGUCUAUGCAAACGCAAGAUUUGAAAAAAGAAAUGACAAGCAGCUCAGUAAAGACAAACACAGCGGUCAUCAGCAUAGAAAUAAAGCUAAAAAUCCUCAAAACCACAAUAACAUCUACGCCAACAGUCGCAUGCAAGAUGGAGACGCUUACGUCAACAAGCCACACUGAAAACUACUGAUUGUGUUCAGUGUAUACAUUGUUCUGAAUGCUGCAUCCUCGCUCUUUUUAUGCAGAAAUUAUUGUAUUAUUUUAUGGAAUUCCAUAUUGAUAGACAAUUUGGCCAAAAUGAUCUGGACACCUGGAACUGAUUUGCCAUAAAUUGAAUAGUCCAGAAUGUAUUUGUAUGCUGUAUCCCUUCACUGAAACUAAGUGAGCUCCAUGAAGACAGUCUGUCGAGGAUGGAGUGGAAAUACCCUAUACUGUACCUUCUCACCAGACAUCAGUGCCUGAUCUAACUAAUGCUCUUCAAAAUGAAUCUACAAUCUACAGUCUGACAUUGUAAGAGGUUGUGGAGGUUAAUAUUACAGCAAAUGGGGAUUAAAUCUGGAAUGGGAUGUUAAAAAAAACACAUAGGGCUGUGAUGGUCAGGUGUCCACAAACAUUUGCAAAUAUAAUAUACAAAUUACUUGAGAAUACAUGAGAACCAAUAAAUUAUUGGGCACUGGAUUGUUGAUCAGAGGAUCGGGGUUCAAGCCUCAGCAAUGCCAAGCUGACAUUGUUGGGCCCUUGAGUAAGGGCCCUUAACCCUGGUACUGUAUCAUGGCUGACCAUGUGCAUUGGGAAAUGUGAUGUAUAUGAUACAAAUAAAGACUUCUAUUCUACUGAAUCUCAGAUACAUCUCAUGUUAAAUCCAGAAUCUCAUAUUAAUUGCCAGCUUAUAUCCAUAUCAGCUUAUAUCCAAGUAUAACAAAAAUUUUAAAAGCAAUAAUUAAUAAAAACACUGAUGUAAAUGAUUUAAUAUGGUAAAGGUUUGGGUUAAUGAGGGGAUUUGCCUGUAAUAAAUGGUCCUCUACAUCAUCAUUUGGCCUAAUUAAUAAUAGGUCACACAUAUCGAUUGGUGAAGAAUCAGUACUAUUGUCAAAUUUCAGUACUUUUAUUAUCGCCGUUUAAUUACCUGGAAUUAUGUCAUAUAAUGUGAACGCUUCAGCUUUACACUUCUACUAUCUUAUUAUCUACCCAAUAAUUCAAUUCCUUUUGUUUUUAUCUGUAUAUAUUUUCAGCAGUGUUUGGUAAGAAAACCUGAAAAUGUAUUUCCA